AUGCCAGUCGUAUACCUCAUUGCUCUCACGAUCGUCGCUUUCAUACCCGUUACCUUACUUGUGUAUGUGUUCUACACAGUUUGGCGUAAAAGAGCGAGAAGAGAAGGGGGCUCGGGGGGCGCUGCCGUCCGGACCUAUCCCGAGGCGCUUCCGACCGAACUGCCACUGCAGUACCUCAACGUGCCCUACGCCGACGGCAACGCGUUAGUCCGCGUGCAUGAAGAGAUACCUGGCAGGGACGAGUUCUUCGAGGUGGUGAGGUCGGCAAGCACCUCCGGCGACAGUGACGGGCCUCCCGGAGAGGUGGGGAAAAAAGAACCGGACGUAGUGAAGACGACGGACACAAAUUGUGGUGAAUCGAACAGCCGUCACAACUCCUCCGUCCCUGACACAGAGUUGACGACUCGCGAGCAUCGUGUUCAUCGCAUUGAGAACGGAGGAUAUAUUAUCCAGGAGGUGCGGCUAAACGAAGUUGAAGCACUUGAUAGAAUAUUCCUUCGCCGACGUUCCUCGGCGAGGGUGUAUGGACGUGCCGCCUACACUUAG